UAAUACUGGCAACCUUUACGACGUAGUUGAAGGUUUGUAUUGGAUAGUCAGUGGUAGCAUACCGAAUGUUGCUGUGAAAGAUAUUGGACUGAUGUCAAAAUUAAGAGGAAAAGCUUAACGUUUAACUCGUUCACGAUUAAUAAAUUAGAAUGGCUGUGGACGAAGAAUCUGACACGUCUCCACGAAAUAGUACAGGAGGUGAAAACACAGAGAAUAAGCGAAACGAAGGCAGAGGAGAAGAAGAGAGAGCCUUUGAAUGUAAUAUAUGUCUAGAUACUGCAAAAGAUGCAGUGAUUAGUAUGUGUGGACACCUAUUUUGCUGGCCCUGUUUGCAUCAGUGGCUUGAAACAAGACCAAACAGACAGUCAUGCCCCGUCUGUAAAGCUGCGAUAAGCAGGGAUAAGGUUAUACCUUUGUAUGGACGUGGGGGCUCAAAAGAAGAUCCGAGAGAAAAACUGCCUCCUAGGCCCCAAGGUCAAAGAACAGAACCAGAAAAUACAGGGGCCUUUUCCAAUUUUGGAUUCGAUGGAGGAUUUCAAAUGUCAUUUGGAAUUGGCGCCUUCCCUUUUGGACUCUUUGCUUCCACUUUCAAUUUUGGCGAUCCUGUCAUCAGAGGUCAUGGUGCCCACGGGACAAAUCCUGCCAAUUUGGAAGAUGAACGAUUUUUGUCACAAUUAUUUCUCUGGGUUGCAAUUCUUUUUAUCUUUUGGUUACUGGUAGCUUAAACCUAUGGUUUUCUGUGUUGUAUAUUUUUUAUCAUCAAGAUUCCGGGAAAUUUAUACUUGUUGAAGUGUUUCUCGAAAUUUUCUAGAUAGUGGAUUUAUAUAUAUAUAAAGAUUACAAGUGAAACGUCCUGAAA